AUUUCAUAGACGAAUUAUAUUCCUUCGAGGUUCUCCGAGCUCCAUGGAUCAUUUGUUGACGAUCAAAGCCACUGCCAGCUGCCGCAGCCUUAGAACACCACGUCAUAUGCAUGUCCAAUCGGAAAUAGCGGUGAGCCUGAUGAACGAGCUUCACUCACCGGCGCGCGGAACGCUGCUUGCUGCCCCCCAGCCUUCACUGAUUGCCCCACAAUCAGCCUUGGCUGUCAAUGGGUAUUGGACGGGGAGCUAGAAUUCCAUCCAUAGUGAGACUGGGCAAUCUGCGGAGCUAAGCGGGCGGGUCGGGUCAGAUUCUAAAGGUUCAACCUCAAUUUCUGCUGUUGUUGCAGCCUUUCAACUCGAGUCGCGCUCAACGGAAGAGGGUAUCGCAAUAGCAUAUGGCUACACGGGAGCUUGAUGAGCUUCGCAAGCAGCUAGAGACACUUCAGCACUCACACGAUACACUACUGAAAAGCUUAACCGCUUCAAACGGGAGCUUUGGACCCUCGGACGUUCCACGGCUACGUCGGAACGCUACUCAGCGAGGAGAUGCCGUCUUCGCCGACACAUCCACGCUCUCUGACGACAGUAGCGACGAUGAGGACGAGUUCUUUGUCCAGUCUAAACUGCCACCCCAGUUCUUCGACCAUGAACAUCUCCGCGAACACCUGAAGACCCACAAUUGGGACGAACAUGGCAGAGAUAUCCUAGCAAGUCUAGUGUCCGACCCUGCAAAACUGAGCAAGCAGCCGCACCUAUUCCAUCUUGGACCAGGACCUGCCGACGAUCGCUCUCAUUACUCGCACUUCCAGGUCUACAAUGUUGGACCAGAUGGCGUUCCAGAACUUGUGGAGGUCACCUCGGCGGAUAACACCAUGUCCAAGGCGACAGAGAUAUGGCAUUCGAUCAGAGACAUUGGGAGGAACAGCGAAAAGCCGACUUCAGGUCGUAUCACCGUUGCAAGAGAGCCCUCACCCAUCUUGUUUGGGGCACUGCAUUUGACAUUGCAUAACACCUUUGAUAUGGACGAGCUCUUUGGGCAUCUCGUGCGCACAGAAGCAUCUUCGGCUCAUAUGUUCCGUGCAUUUCAGGAAGAUCCACGCCACCGCCGAACCUUCUUCUUUACAUUCGAGUACUAUACCAUCAUCGGAGACGACUGUAAACCGAUGCAGUGGCAGAGAGCCGAUAGAGUAACCAGUUCAUCCGACAGCCACAUACCCUUGAGUCGCUGUGGCGCUGUUGUUGCAUUGGCUUUGUUUGACGAGAAACCUCGAAGAAUUCGAAACAGAGCGAGGCGCUCAAAGACGAAUUACGGCUUUGUAUCUGAUAUGUGGUCACCAUAUCAGGUCCUCCAACUCGAGUGCUUCCCAGACUGGAAGUCAGCCCCUAUCAACGGAAACCCAUACACUUUCGAGAAUGGCCAUCGAUACCUGAAUGGCCCUGAAGCCUUCCUCCACGCCCUACUCACCGAGUAUCGAGACGCAAGGAAGCGCUACGACGAAAUUUACAGACAAAUCACGGAGCUCGUUACCCCACCUCUUGGCUUCCUGUUCGAUGAGGAAGCGCGUAGGAAGCGCCUUUUCGAAGAUAAGCACUUCACAUGGACGCGUCGUUACUUCUAUGCGCAUCAAGCGCUGGGGAACGUGAAUGACAGCAUCAAAGCGAUGAUCGAUGCAUUUGAGGAUACAUUCACUGAUGACGUCUGGGACGGAGAAAGCAAAACACUUUGGCCGCUAUACGAGGAAUCACCACGAAACGAUCAUUGGAAGCGUCGACUUCGCAUCUUAAGAUUACAAUUCGAACGCGAGAUGAAAGAGCUGCGGAUUCUGCAGCGCGAGAACAAUGAGAGGCGCCACGAGAUCGAGACCUUACAAGAGCAGCUUUUCUCUGGCACCAGCAUCCAAGAGUCCAGAAAGUCAGUUGAGUUGGCAGAUGUGACGGUACACCAAGGUUACAACAUCAAGGUGCUGACAAUUGUCAACUUGUUCUUCAUGCCUCUCACCUUCGUCACGUCCAUUUUUGGCAUGACCAAUAUGCCCGCCGAACCCGCACCAUACUGGCCGUUUGCCAUCACACUUGUCGCAAUCUGUGUCCCUUUCUUUAGCGUCAUUGGCUUCUUGUCCACAAAAUAUGGCUACCACGUCUGGGCAACGAAGACUCGACAGUUGUGGCGAUGGCUACGCCCAAAGCCGAAAGCUGAAGAAGAAACAGAGACAGAGUAUGCUGGGGCGACGAGGAAGAAUCGGAGUAUGUCUACAGAAGAAGGCAUGCGUAUGAGGAUAAGAGACAGGGAGUCUGUUCCAAGAAAAAGCCUACACAGACCGCCACCUAGCCAUCCGCACAUCCAGGCUAUGGUGGCGCGCAUGGGAGAGGGAAGGCAGAGUGGGUUGACGAGAAUGGGCACUUUGACUGAGGUCGAGAGCGACACGAGAAGCAGCAGCAGGAGAACUACAAAAGACACGAUCAUUAACAUCCAGGAAUCAUAACGAGCUACGAAGGACAACUGUACGAUGGAAGAUACACGAUGUUACGACAGUAUUACGACGACUUCAACGACUUUCCACGGCCGUAUCAUAGACGACCAUGCUGUUUGGAGCUACAACAGCGUGGCAGCGAUAUAGCUCACAUGUUUUGUGCCUGCGAGGUCGGAUAAUCAAAACAUGCCAGAUCUAUCCAACGUCAGAAGUGCAUCACAGUAUUAUCAAGCCCGUAUCUGUCUUUAUUUGCGCGGUGCCGCACCCACACAGGAAGUGAGUCAGCACUAAUAACGUUACUUGUCAGGCCACACACAAUUUGAUACUCCAAUAACAAGCUUCGACCAGCUUCAUUGAGCAGCCCUCCAGCUCUUUUGCGCAAGUUGGGAGGGCGGUUUCUUACCACCACUAUCUGUACGGUUUACCAACCACGCACUGGCCUCAUUAACAGCGAUGACCCUCCGAAUGAGGUAAUUCAUUCACCCAAGCAGCC